AUGGGUCUAUUGAAUCAAUCAGCUACCAAUGAUACGAUCAAGCCAUUACAGGAGUACCAGGAUAACAGCAAUGAAAUUUCAAUAUCUAAUGAACUACCAGAAAUUAUAUUUUUUGAUCUUGAAACAACUGGGUUCGGAAGUACUGCUGGAAUUUUGCAAAUCGCUGCAGGCUGUAAUGGAUCAUAUUUUAAUAAAUAUGUGACUCCUACAACGGCGAUUAAUUCUAAAGCCAGUGAGGUUCACGGUCUUACAAGCAGUUGUGGAGAAUUAUUUUAUCAUAGCAAGAGAGUGGAAACAUUACCACUAGACUGUGUGAUGCGCGAGUUUCAUACUUUUCUCCGUUCUUUCGGUAAGCCUUGUCUUCUCGUAGCACGUAACUGUAAUUUUGAUAAACCUCGUCUCAUUAACGCAAUGGCUGAUACAGGUACCAUACUUACCUUUCAGAAAUGUAUAAUCGGUUUUAGCGAUACACUUCCGAUUUUUCGCAGUUUAUUGAACAGGCAUACUCAAACAAGUCAAGUUGAUUUAGCCAAAGAAUUCCUGACUGAUGUAUCGACAGACGAAGCACACAAUGCAAUUGAGGAUGUACAAAUAUUAGAGAAGCUAGUCAAAUAUUUUAAGAUAAGUGAUGAUACUUUUAUUGAGAAAAAACAGAGCAUCCAAGCAUUUUUGCUCGACCAAGACAAAAAGAAACGUAAUGCGAGGCUGAGAGCAACAACAUUAGGUCCACUCCACAAAGUUAUUUCCAAAAAUAUUUGCGAUAAAUUGAUAGAGGCUUCCAUAACGUAUGAUAAGUUCAUUGAUGUAUUCAUUGCUAAAGGUGAACCAGGUGUUAUUGCACUUUGA